AAUGACAAAUUCAGACUAUGGUCUCGAUGUGCCUGGUACUCAACAGCUUGUUGAUGUAAACCACGACGUUGAUGCCGUUCACCAAAGCGACUCUGAUAUCCUCCUUAUCCCACGCCCAACGGAGUGCGGCUCUGAUCCUCUCACAUGGCCUAGAUGGAGGAAGUGUUACCAGCUCUUCUUGCUUGCGCUGUACGCAUGCGCAUUCUCCUUUGGAGAGAACACUCUGGGUGCCGCAUGGACGACGGUAUCUGAAGAUACUGGCGUUUCGUUGGUUAACAUGAAUGGCGGCAGUGCGCUCAACUAUCUGCUUCUCGGCCUCUGCAACGUCUGGUGGAUCAGCACUGCCAACAAAGUGGGACGGAGACCCGUCUUCCUUUUUACCACGCUUAUCUGUUGUUUGGCUGGCGUAUGGCAGGGCCGCGUUCAUGGUACCGCACAAUGGUUUCUAUCCAAUGUCUUGAACGGUGUCGGUACAAGUGCCUACCAAGCCGUGAUUCAGCUGUCAGUCUUCGAUAUGUUCUUCGCUCAUGAGCGGGAUGCUGUCCUUCUACCUGUUCGGCCAGCAACUCGGCAGCAUUCUUGGCCUCAUUACUGGAGGGAUCAUCUCGGAUCAUCUCGGCUGGAGUAUUGCGUUGCGAUGAUAGAUGCGGGUGUCUUAGUCCUCCUGACUUUCACCUUCGAGGAAACGCUAUUCCCAAGGUUCAUCUUCGAGAGUAUCCAAGGAGUUCUUCCAGUCACUGAGAGUCGAGCCAGCCCUGUGAUGUCUAGCACUGACAACAAAGGCUGUGUGAAGAAAGAUCUCAAUCGCGUUACCACCGUACAGUCCGAGGGUCAUAACAUACAGCAGCGCGACUUUCCUCAACGUACCUAUGCUCAGAAAUUGAAGCUCUGGGUGUACUUUCCAGAAGACAAAACGACGUACUUUCAGUACUUUCGUCGACCGUUCUCUCUUUUCUUCUUCCCCAAUGUUGUCAUCUCUGGUUGCAUAUUUGCGUUCGGCUGUACAGGUAGAGUGGUUUUGACUCGGCAUCCGCGAGUCACCUAUACUAAUUAUUUGACAGCCGGCAUUGUCUCUUUCAAUACAAUUUCGGAGAUCUUGACUCAACCGCCCUACGACUGGAGCACCUCAUCGACUGGCCUCGUCUUUCUUGCUGCUCUGGUCGGUAAUUUUGUAGGAUGGCUGACAGGCGUUAUGUCCGAUCGGAUAGUGCUCUACCUUUCACGCAAGAACCGGGGUGUGAAAGAGCCUGAGAUGCGUCUUUGGACCUUGUGCUUCUCUUUCGUUUACGCAGCGAUCGGAUACUUCAUGUAUGGAUUUGGAGCCCAAGCAGGGGCACACUGGAUGACAAUUGCCUUCGGGGUAGGCUGUAUGAUUGCUCACCAGGUCUCAGCUUGUUCCAUCGCCACGACAUACGCCAUGGAAUGCUUCCCGGGGAUUGGUGGAGAAUUGGUUGUGGUCCUUGCAAUAUGCUCGUCCUGCAUCAAUUUCGCCAUCAGUUAUAGCGUGCAGCCAUUCAUUGAGGCAGCUGGCUACGGAUACGCCUUUCUCUUCUUCGGUCUGUGCGUUCUUUGCUCCAUGCUUGCCGCGAUCCCCAUGAGCAUAUAUGGAAAGUCUUGGAGACGUAGAUGUGCCCCCAAGUGGAGAGAGUGGCUGUCGCAGAGACAAGAC